GCUACAUGUAGAUACUUGAUCGUAACCGUCACCCGAAGGCGGGCCUUCCCGUGCCAGCGCGGGAAGCUCGUUGGCCACAGCGUAGGCUGCUCAUCUUACUGUCUCCUCGCUUGCCUGUCUAUGUCGGUACUUCGUACACACGACCACGUGCAUGCUCUAGACUUCGUCUAAAUAAAUAGCAACGAGACUACCGCAUCCGGAAACCUGCUCGUAUGCGAUCUUUUCUUCUACUUUCCAACACAUGUCGUCAGUCUACUUCUCAACAUCAAAGCGCUCAUCCUGCGACCGCUGUCGAAAGCAAAAGCUACGCUGUCCAACGAAAGAAGACUCCAAUCAACCAUGUUCACGCUGUCUUCGCGCUGGAGUACCUUGUGUGAUGGGCUACACUCGACCUAGAGGCCGCACACCAAGGAAUAGUGUCUUGCAGGACAAUGAGGACGCACGUAAACCGCAGCACUCGGCCGUACCCACACAAGCGAGUCCACUUUCAACGACUCUAGACCGUGUCACAGAAGAUACAAGCACGCAGUCAUUGUCUCUACUAGAAGACUACGGAUUCUUUCACCACGUACAUGCGAGCUACGAACCCGGACAAACCCAGACUCACGACGACGGUAUAGCAGACAUUGACUACUUCUCCAUUUGUAGAGAUCUCGAGAUUGAAGGCAUUCACACAGAGACACUCAAUUUCUCCCAAGACGCGUUUUCUACCGACUUUGUCCCAGACCCCACGCGCCAAAUGGAAUGCGAAAUGCGACUUUCUCAGCUCAAUCUAGACUUAUGUCGACAACUUAACACACAACUUGUCACUCCUACGAGCAACGCUAUAGGUGCAGUACAAAACCACAAUUCAAACACGCCCAGUGCUAUACGGGGCGUCCUCCAGAGCACAGAAAGCUAUGUACACAUACUCCAGAGCCUGUAUACAUGUAGCACAACGCCAACCUCGCCGGACCGAUCUGGGACGAGCAUCGGAUAUGAGACGCCAUCUGAGCUUUCUCCUCUCCCAUUCUCAUGCGUGCUGAACCUCACAUCGUGCUUCUUCCGCAUCGUGGACCUAUUCAAUACAUUCUUGGGAGAUCUGGCUAGCGAGAUAGAUGCCUAUAACCUCGUCUCCCGGUCGAACGGCAUGCAGAUUCUCUCUGAACUCAAGCUCACGGGCCUCCCGGUGUAUGAGCUAAGUCUUCAGGUCAAGAUACUAGUCCUCGCUAUCACCCACCACUUCGAGACCAUCGAGAGACUAUUGAACUUACCGGCCGAACUGCGUGUAUCGGUACAACAGGACAAGAACACAUCGGGGCUUUUGCCAGGACACUGGACCGCAACGCUUCUGAGUGCGAAGUGUGACCUGGUCGAAUUGGGUUGUCAUGGAACGGGGAAUUACGUGCAGUCAAUACAGUUGCUGCGAAGAAAUAUCAUGAGGUUCCAGAGGAUGUCUUAAGGCAACCAGAGAAGUUGUCUCAUCAUUCCUUCAUCUUUGGAAACCUAUUUCACUCAUUGUCAUCGGAGUCAGGGUUAAACACUUUUCGCAUUUACUGGCUAUUCCCCUUCUUUUCUGUACACAACCCACUUUCUGAGCCGAAUCGAUUGUCCUGUUUGGCAUAGAUGCCAACGUAGGACUAUGAGUCCCGGGCGCAAAAUACACAGAGAAUACCGCGUUAUGAUCUAUUGCCUCGUUA